UCAAUACAUACAAACGGAUCUUAUCCUUAAAAUUCCGCAGUAGGGUGGAAGAACGAGCCAUAAUAGUCUUGCAGUGAGGGAAGCAGAGACAUAUUAUACUACUAGAGGUCGUACAUAAGGUAGUUUCAUCUUCACUGUUCUCAACUCAAAGUCAACAUCGCCACCAUGCUGCAGCGAUUCGCCAUCCCCGCGGCCAAGCUGCUUCGCAGCAAAAGCCACAUCGUCCCUGGCCAGCUUCUCGUCACCGAGCACUUCUUCCAGGUUCCUCUAGACUAUGCCAACCCAUCUGCCGGAUCAAUCACCCUCUUCGGCCGCAGCGCAACCAAGCAUGAGGUCCCCAUCUUUCCUCCCGACGAGCUUCCCUCUCCCAAGCCCUGGAUCGUCUAUCUCGAGGGCGGCCCAGGCUUUGGUAACCGGGAGCCUCAAGAUCACCCCCUGACGCGCACCGCACUGUCUCGAGGCUACCAGGUGCUGUUUCUGGAUCAUCGAGGUGUCGGUUUGAGCACUCCUGUUUCUACCGCGAUGCUUGCCCGGCUGCCUGGAGGAAAUGGACCCAACGCUGUCGAGGUCCAGACAAACUACCUGAAGCUCAUGCGUCAGGACAACACCGUCCGCGACUGCGAAGCUGUUCGAAAGCUCUUAACCGAUGGCUUGCCCGAUCACAAGGCCCAGUGGUCAAUCUUUGGCCAGUCAUACGGUGGCUUCAUCGCCAUCUCCUACCUGUCUCUCCACCCUGAAGGCCUGCGCGAGGUCUUCCUGACCGGCGGCCUUGCCCCCGUUGGCAAAACCGCCGAGCAGGUCUAUGAGGCAACUUUCCAGAGAACCAUCGAGCGCAAUGCCGCCUACUACCAAAAGUUCCCGGAUGACGCAGAGACCCUGCGCCAGAUCGCCACACAUAUCGAGAAGGAGGGCGGCCAACAGGGCCUCCCCUUGCCCGGAGGAGGCUUUUUGACGGUGCCCCGUCUGUUGACCAUUGGCAUUGCCUUUGGCGGCCACGGCGGCGUCGACCAGGUCCACACCAUUCUUCUCCAGCUCAAAGCCUCGCUUGACCAGUUUGGCUUCCUCACGCGAGCUUCUCUCGCUCCCCUUGAGACCUUUACUGCUUUCGACACAAACAUCAUCUACGCCAUCCUUCACGAGGCCAUCUACUGCGAUGGGCCCGGCAGCGUUUCCAACUGGUCUGCCCACCGCGUUGGCCAAUCUCUCCCGCAGUUCUCCUGGCUCAGCAGAGACAACACUUCCGCCACCUCGUCCACUGCCCCCGGCCAGCCGCUCCUCUUCUCGGGAGAGAUGAUCUUCCCUUUCCAUUUCGACACCUAUCCGGAGCUCAUUCCCUUGAAGGCUGCUGCUGAGCGACUUGCCACUGCCUCUGACUGGCCGGCACUCUACGAUAUCCAGCAGCUGCGCGAGAAUGAAGUUCCCGUCUAUGCGGCCUCUUACAUCCCCGACAUGUAUGUGGACUACGAGUUUGCCAAGAACACGGCGAAACUGGUCAAGAACGUGAAGACGUUUGAGACAAACGUCAUGUACCACAACGCUGUGCGCGCAAAGGCCGAGGAAGUAAUGCAGAACUUGUUUUCCUUGCGAGAUGAUGUAAUAGAUUGAUCUCUCGACCAAGAAAUGAAAGAAAAAGAUGAUUGAAUAGAUGGCACAAGGGUCCGAAUUUUCACAUAAACCGACAUAUCUUGUUCCGAUAAUACACCGUAGUCAUUGAAUUCUCACUCUAUUUUUUCCCCUGUCCUCGCCUAAAUAUUUAGUCCAUAGAAUCAUGGAAUCAUGUACCAGGUCAUAUCCACCGGCCCCUUUCUCACAUGACAGAGUGAUAAGUGCGUAAGGAAUACAAAAUGCUCAUCGUCUCAUUUUCACAUUCAUCAAAACUCCAUUAUCAACACCCAUUGCCCAACACUGCAAUUCUCUUCCUC